GGCAAUUUUGGAGCCUUUUAGGUGGGCGGGGUUGCUGCUGAGGGAAGAGCAAAAAACCGCUUAAAAAGCCCACAUCUAAACCGCAGAGAGUUUGGGGACUGGGGAGAUGGCCGCGGUGGUGCCGUUCCGCUGGUUAUGGAAAAGACUCGAACUUGUAAUGGUGCUUUCAAGAAAACACCAAGUUGCAUCACAUAUACAAGUAUAAAUAAACAUGAGUCCAGCGAUGCCUUCAAGAUUAUUCAAACAAAAAUGUGGAAUGGAUUUGCCAACAAAAUUCAUAGAUAUAGAUCUGAAGAUAACUAACAUAUACUGCCACCUGAAGGAUGUUCUUGUAAAAUUUGAGGGGUCUUGUAACGCAGACUGUGAGUUUGAUUACCAUAUAUUGCAGAAUGAAAUACAACAGGUAUCCAAAGUGAAAGAUUGCAUUGGCAUUGGUGAGCUUUGUUUGGUAGAAGAUCCAAAUUGUGGAGAAUGGUACAGAGGAAGAGUAAUACAGAAGAAGAACCACAUUUAUGAAGUAUUUCUGAUAGACAGCGGGGGAAAAAUAGCAGUUCAAGAUAUUUGUAUUGCGUCUGCCAUUGAUGAAUUGUUUCAGCUUCCUCCAAAAAUGGUUUGUGGAAUCUUUGCAAAUAUGCUUCCUGUUGAGGAAAAAUGGUCUCCAAAAGCUCUGAAUUACUUUUCAUCCUUAGUAGACUUACAAAUUAAAGGCCAUGUGCAAGCCAUUAUCCCAUACCACACAUAUCUUCUUGAUGUGCCAAAAGUUACUAGUGAUGUAAUAGAACUGAAAUUAGGAAAACUUGUUGAUGGAGACUCAUUCCGUCUUAUUGUAGAACUGUUAGCUGACUUGUCAGAGGAGCCCAUAUAUAAGCAAAUGCCAGAUUUGAUUCAGAAGAAAUACAAAAGACCUGAUUCAGCUUUUUAUAAUGGUAGGAUUCAACCAGAUUUUCAACCAGUUUUGGGUAGGCUUCAACCACUUUUAUCAGUUGGAGGAGUAGAACUAGCAAAAAUAUCAGUGGCCAUCAGUCCAAGUAAAUUUUAUUGUCAGCCACUGUUGCGUCUACCGGAGCUUGAUGAGUUGACAAACAGCAUGUCUUCAUACUAUGAAACUGUUAAUAAAGAAAAUAUUCCAUCUUGUGACAGUCUGGGAGUCCUCUGUGCGGCAAAACGAAGAGAUGGUCAUUGGUACAGAGGAGUGAUACAAGAGCUCCUCUCUGAUUACAGUGUGAAGAUUUGGUUUGUGGAUAUUGGCAAUUGUGAAGCUGUGCCUUCUACUUGUGUUCUGAAGCUUCAAUCAAAAUUCAUAUCGGUGCCUACGUUCUCAUUUCCUUGUGCUCUGUCAUGUCUUAGUGACCAGAAUGAAUCUGUAAGGAAUAGUCAGCUGAAAGAAUUUACAGAGGUCCUCUUAAGACAGAGCAUGGUUUAUCUCCACAUUGACUUAUUUGAUGCUGAUGAACAUUUGUAUUAUGUUACACUGCAUAAGCAUGAAUCAACUAGGCAUGGUGAAUAUGUGCAACAGGGAAAUGAUGUGGUUCCAAAAUGUUGUCCUUCCUGUAAAACAGAAAUUACAUAUGAGGACAUGAAAAUUUCUGAUGCCAGCCCUUUCUUUGCUAAGCCAGCUCAGAAGAAUGUGCUACAAUCUGGAAAUUGUUCAAAUGUGAAGGACUGUCCCAUAAGUUCUGUUUUAGCAAUACCUGACAGGACAACAGAAAUGAAAGUAGAUGCUGUCUGUGUUGCUUUUGUAGAAUAUGUUUUGAAUCCCUCAAAUUUUUGGGUUCAAACGAAUGAUAAUCUAGAUAUGUUUGAAAACUUGAUGGAUAAAAUUUCAGACGUAUAUGAUGCAAGUGAAACAGGUAAUAAGAUUCUAGAAAAUCCAGAACCUGGAAUGCUGUGCUGUGCACGCUAUAGUAAGGACAUGCACUUCUAUAGGGGUGUCAUAGAGCAAGUAGUUGACAAUGUUAUUUAUGUUUAUUUUUUGGAUUUUGGUAAUACUGAAAAAGUGCUGGUUUUUGAUGUGAGACCUCUGCUUCCAGAGUUCCAAGAGUUACCAGCUUUAGCCAUAUCUUGUUCACUCGCCUGUGCAUUUCCAGUUCAAGAUGUAUGGACUAACAAGGAAACAGAUUUCUUUAAAAACUUGGUGUUUGGCAAUCCAGUCACACUUCAUGUAGUUGGAAAACAAAAUGAAAAAUACAGUGUCAAUAUUCAGUGUAUGAAUGGCUCAAAGCAACUUGAUGUUCUCACAUUUAUGGUUCAGGCUGGAUAUGCUGUACGUUGGCAAAUAAAGCCAGAUCCAGUCCUGAACAGUAUAAGGUUUUUAAAAAAACGAGACUCAAAAUGUAGAAGUAAAAGCAUGUGGCAUAAAGACCUUACACAGAAUAAAAACAUAGGGGCAUAUAGAAAUGUUAAUCAAUUACUAAAUAUUCACACUAUGACAAAAAAGAGCUCUUCUGAUUUCCCACAAUGGGAAAAAAUACUUUCCAAGAAAUAUGGGAGAAUGUCUGAGGAAAGUAAUACUAUGUCCCCCUAUAAAGAACAUCGAUUUAAACCAGGAACUGUCCUCAAAGUUAUAUGUUGUUGUUGUACUUCACCAGGUGAUUUUUCAUGCCAGCUACAGGCUAAAUCGCCAGAACUAAAUAACUUAAUGGACCAAAUUCAGAUUCAUUACAAGACUCUAACCUCACCAUAUCAAAGUGGACAGCUUGCAUGUGUCGUGAAAGACUCUAAAGAUGGAAAGUGGUACAGGGCUUGCAUCCAGAAGUACAUAUCCAAAACCAGAAUUGAAGUUGUAUUAGUAGAUUAUGGAAAUCAAAUAAGUGUUUUGCUGGAAGACAUUCAAGCUAUUCUUCCAGAUUUUCUGACUUUGGAAUGUCAAGCAUUCAGAUGUUGUCUUAAUAGUGUAACUCAGUCUUUAAAGUUUGACCCAGAUAAUUGGACUAUGGAGGCUUGUAAUGAUUUUAAAUCCUUCAUUUCUUCUUCCAGUGGAUUGUUGACUUGCACUAUUUCUGCCCUUGUUAAGAACCGUGGAUGCCUAUAUAAUGUGGUUGACUUGUGGACUCCAUCUGUCAGAGCACAGCAAUUUCUCUUAGACUGUGGACAUGACCAGUUCUGCUCUCUUGAAUUCCCAAGAUCACUUGCACCAUCCUUCUCUCUGUGUAGCUUUUACUAUUCAUCUUUUGAUAUGAAAAUUGGAAAUGUAGAGGAGGUAUGUGUAACCCAUAUAAUCAGCCCUACAGAAUUCUAUUGCCAGCUAACUAGAAAUGCAGAUGAUAUUGAUAAACUGUUUCGAAAAAUUGCAGAAGUCAGUCAGAUGGCAAGCUAUCUAGGCCAAACAAAUACCCAGAGAUUAUGCUUAGCAAAAUAUUUUGAAGACGGCAUGUUUUACAGGGCCUUUGCAUCUCCUGUAGGAUCAUCAGAUUACUUUCCUGUAUACUUUGUGGAUUUUGGGAAUAAACAAGUGGUGGCAAAUGCUGAACUGAUUAAUGUUCCAGAUCAUGCCUCAGAAAUAUUAUUCACCCCUAUGCAAGCUGUUGAGUGCUACCUGUCAGAUCUCAAAGAUACUGAAAUUGCAGUUGAAAUAAAUAAAUGGUUUGAGAACAAUUUCUUAGGUAAAGAACUGAAGGCAGUAAUAGUAGCUAAAGAAUCUGAUGGCCAACUUGGUGUGGAGUUGUAUGAUAACCAUCUACACAUAAAUAAGAAGAUUAAGGAAUUAUUAUUAGAGAGUGCAGCAAAUGGGGAUCCAAAAUAUGUAAACAGAGAUACAAAAAAGCCUUUGGAGGACCAAAAUGUGAAAGAUGAAGGACAGAUAACUGCAAUUACAACGGAAGUUAAAAGACAAACAGAGAAUCAGAUAAAUUCUUGUUCUCAAAAUGAUGAAAUACAUGCUGAAUUAUUAGAGAGUACCACAGAAUGCAAUGCGAAUCCAAAAUAUGUAAACAGAAAUAUAGAAAAGCCUCUUGAGAACCGAAAUGUGAAACAUGAAAAAAAUAUAACUGCAAUUAUAACCAAGGUUAAAAGAGAAACAGAGAAUCAAGUACAUUCUUGUUAUCAGAAUGAUGGUGAAAUAUAUGAUGAAUAUGUAAAAGAAACUGUGGUAGAUCUGCCGAAACAGUUCAGUAAGUCUGUACAAGUUUCAGUGGGCUGUGAAAAGACAGAAUUAGUCUUGCAAAACACUUCCGGAAAGAAAGAUAAGAGUGUAAAUGGAGAACUUAGUGAUGACCCAACACUAGAAUUCAAGGAGAUGCUUGCAGAUAAUAUGACUGAAUUGCAUAGCCAGCAGCCAAGCACUUUAGGGCAAGUAAGGAGCACUUCGGCUAAGCAAAAGUACAGAGAUCUUAUACAGUAUAACAUUGAGCCAAAUUCUGAAGUCAUGUGUUAUAUUUCCUUCAUAGCUAGCCCAUCCAGUUUCUAUGUUCAUGUUGAGGAGAAUGAGAAUAAAAUUUUGCAGCUUGUUGAAGAACUGAAUAGAUGUACGCUAGUUUUAGAACCACAGACUGACAUCGAGGAAGGUGACAUAGUCUUAGCAGAGUAUGAAGUGGAUCAUUGCAUAUACCGAGCUGUUGUUAGAGCAGUUCAGUCAGAAGCAUUCUGUGAAGUUGAGUUCAUUGACUAUGGUAACUUGUCAACUGUGAAUGUGUCCAAAAUCUAUAAGAUAGAAACAAAAUUCUUAAAUUUGCCAAGACUUAGCAUACAGUGCUUCCUUAGUUACGCAAACUGUAUGUUUCUUGGUAAAAAUUGGAGUUGUGUUGCUACUGCCUAUUUUGUCAGUAAAGGAAAUGAUCAGCAAGUUAUUUGCAAGUUUCUAGAACAACAUGGAGAACAAUGGGAAGUUUUGUUAUGGGAUCUGUUUUGUCUUGGAGUGUCUGUUAUUGAAGAUUUAACUCAGAUGGAAACCAGUCUGGGUUUACUAAACAUGCCUGUGGCAGGUACAGGAGAAGUAAUAAUGUGGCUGCCAGUUGCAAAUGUGGGUAAUAACCAAAGUAACCAAAUUGUACAUGAAGAAGUUGAAUCUGGACCUACCGGGAAAAGUCUUCCUAAAAUUGCCUAUCAAAAAAUAAACCCUGGACAGCUAGAAAUUGCUGAAAUAGGUCACAUUUCCAGAAAUGGGAAUUUCUAUGUAAAAUUAACAAAGGAUGAACAAACGUUGCUUCAUUUAAAUAUGAUGGCUGCUGAGGAAGCAGCUCAGACGGCAGUUGCAGUAGAAAACAUUCACGAAGGAUUUGAAUGCCUGACAAAAUCAAAAAUUACUUUCCAAUGGCAUCGAUCUGAAGUUAUAAAAAAGUUUGUAAAUGAGAACAUUCUGGUUUUUUUGGUGGAUUUGGGAAUAUAUGAAAUGGUAUCAUUUAACGAUACAAGAAGGCUGAGCAGGAAGAUGAGGAGAAUUCCAAGGUGUGCUAUACCUUGUAAGUGGGCUUGGAUUGGAAAUACCGAUAGCCUGGCUUUUGAGAGAGCUCUGAAGAUAGUAAAAGGUCAGGAGAUAAAGAUACUAUUUGUGAAAUACCUAGAAUCUGCUUUAAUUUGGCAAGUAGACAUUUUGGUGGGUGGGAUUCUGUUGCUUGAAUUUUGGUCUCAAAUAUUUAAUCAAGGAAUGUUAGAGAAAUGUAAUGUAUUGGAAGGCUUAAAUGUGAAAAUGAUGGUGCCCGAGUAUUCAUUUCAGAAGAGUUCAAUUUCCUGGGCAAAGUUUCAAAACAAUCGGCAUUAUCCUGGUUUUGUCAUAUCAGUCACUGAUCCUUCAAACUUUUGCAUCCAGUUGGAAGACUCAUUCAAGACUAUGGAAGUGUUGUUCAAGUUGCUCUCUGAUCUGCCUGAAAACUUGCCAUCUGUGCCAAAGGAUCUUAUUGUUGCUGGUACAGGCUGCUUGAUCAAGACUGAGCCUAAUAAAAAAUGGAAUAGAGUUGAAGUUUCUGAAAUCUCGGAUCAAUUAAUCCUUAUAUUUGUAGAUGAUGGAAUAUUGGCUCCCAUACCCAUCUCAAAUUUCCACAGACUAAAAGUUCUCCCGGAGAAGCUUGUAAAUGUACCUCGACUAACUUAUCCUUGCUGUUUAUUUGGGGUGUUACCCGUUCUUGGGGAACAGUGGAAUGAGGAGGCUAAACAUAAAAUUCAGCACUUUCUUCGUAGACAAGGCCUUCUAUUCGAGUUCAGAAAGUACUGUGGGAUGAAGAUGGAGGUAAAUGUGUUAUGUGAGAAGACCAGUGCUGCAGAUGUAUUGGUUGCUUCUGGAUGUGCUGUGUAUUCUUUCAUGUCAAUUAAUUGGUUAGAAUUUAAUGAAUUGAAUUCACAAAUUUUGUAUGAUCCAUUGCAAACGGGCAGUCACAAAAGCUGUGAUGCAGUGACAGUGUUGCAGCCAGAAAAGGAGGACCACGAAAAAUCAGCUUUGCUGUCCAAGCUUACUUGUAACAAAUGCUCAAGAAAGUGCAGUUCUAAAAAACUGUACUGUAGGAGGCAUCAAUGUAAGAAGGUAGCUUUACACAGCAAAACAAGGAAAAAUGAGAAUCUUCUGAAAUGUAACAAGUCCUGCAUUGUCCAGUGUUGUCUCAGAGGAGGAUUGAAGGACACUUAUGCCAUGGGUAUAUUGGCAGAAACGGCACAACCAGAUCCUUCUGGAUUGAGUACAAAUUUUGAUGCAUUGCAAAUCAAUGAAGAGAACCCACCAAAUAAACACUGUACUAGAGAGGUAAAAACUGAUUAGAUGGACUUUCAUGUAUGAAAGACUGAAAAUGUGCAUUGUUAAGUGGCAAAAUUUUUAAUGGAAUAAUUAGUUAUUUUGCUGUUGUCUUAACUCCCCACCAUGAGCUGGAAAAGUUGCAGCUCAGAUCUACAAUCCUGACAUUGAACUGGCCAUGCAGUGAAGUCCUAAGCAGAGUUAUGUCCUUCCAAGCUCAUUGUUUUUAGUGAACUUAGAAAACUGUAACUCUACAUAGAUAGACUGUAACUCUACAUAGCAUUGAUAGCGUGUUUAUUUGCUAUCCUUUUUCAUUUUCUUUGUCAUUUUCUAUCUUAAUUUGAUAGUUUUGAAAUAACAAAAGAGUAAAUGAAAUUACUUUUAUGUUCAUACAGUCAUGUGCUAGUUGUUGCGUGUUGCAUGGAUGUCUUCCUGCAAAUCUUAUCCAGUGUCUCCAUUUAUUUGAUAUUGCACAGAUAGAUGUAAUGUUCCUUUUCGAUGAUAGAAAGGAAUCCUCAUUACUAUUGAAAUAGAAUGUUAAGUUAUUAUUUUGUGUAUGUUUGCCAGUAAUUUCAAAAGCUAGCAGUGAAAGUUAAUCAGGGAAACACCAUUAAAAUGCAGUCCUUCCAUAGACUAGUUUAGGUUGUGGCAGGCUGUUGUUGUAGAGAGGAUCACUUCCAUCUCUGUAUAGAUGAAGAGCAACGUGGGUAAUGAUUCUGACAUGGCUUAGGUGUGGGAUUUUUUGUUUAAACCCAAAGUGGCUUCUUCCUAGAUCUGCCUUCUCAGAGUGAAUGUAAGACUUUCAUUAUCUUCC